CCACCUGGGCCGCCGCCCACCCUCUGCGCCUCGCUACAGCCCUACGUAAAAACCCUCUCCAGCUCGCAACCCCCGAAUCGCCCGCCAUGGCCGACGGGUACCAGGUCAUGGAGGAGCUGGGCAGUGGCAGCUUCGGCAAGGUCUUCAAGGCAAUCGAAAAGAGCACCGGCGAGACCGUGGCCAUCAAACACAUCGAUCUCGAGGACAGCACCGAGGAGCUGGCCGACAUCCAGGCAGAAAUCUCGCUCCUGAGCACCUGCCACAGCCCCUACGUCACCGAGUACAAGACCAGCUUUGUCAAGGGCGUCAAGCUAUGGAUCGUCAUGGAGUACCUGGGAGGAGGCUCAGCCGCAGAUUUGUUGGCACCCGGCACGUUCAGCGAGGCCCACAUUGCCAUUACCUGUCGCGAACUCCUGCUCGGACUCGACUACCUCCACUCGUCCGGCAAGAUCCACCGUGAUAUCAAGGCCGCCAACGUGCUCCUCACAGACCAGGGCAAGGUCAAGCUGGCCGACUUUGGCGUCGCCGCUCAGCUCACCAACAUGAAAUCCCAGCGCAUGACCUUUGUCGGCACCCCCUUCUGGAUGGCGCCCGAAGUCAUCCAGGAGGCCGGCUACGACUUCAAGGCCGAUAUCUGGUCCUUGGGCAUCACGGCCAUGGAGUUGGCCGAGGGCGCGCCUCCCCACGCAGGGUCCCACCCCAUGAAGGUGCUCUUCACCAUCCCCAAGAAUCCCGCUCCCAGACUCGAGGGCGACCAGUGGAGCAAGGACUUCAAGGACUUUAUUGCCCAGUGUCUGAUCAAGGACCCCGAUCGACGUGCGACGGCAAAGGAGCUGCUGAAGCACCGCUUCAUCCAGCGCGCAGGCAAGGUCGAGGCCUUGCGCGAGCUGGUUGAGCGCAAGCAAAUGUGGGAUGCACAGAGGGAGCAGCAAGAAGCAUGCCACCGCAAGUACUACGAAGAGACAAUGGUCAACUUGUCCUCCAAAAACAACGACGACGAUGAGUGGGACUUUGACACGGUCAAGCGUGGAACAGUCGCGCCACGGCAAACCAUCAAACGCAAGUCUACGCGCAUUCCCUCUUCCGGCAUCGAGGAGACACAGGCUGCUAUGCAGCGGAUGGAUCUGAACGCUGCCCCGCUGGGCGACAUUACCGACUCACCAAUGUCGGUACGUCGUCACUCGCCGGUACAAAGAGUAUCUCAAGUCACAGCCCUACGAGUUCCUUCUGGAAACACACCAACCGCCCGCCGCGUUAGCAACGUUGCCAACGUUGCCAAGCAGCCUCUGGGCGUAGACAUGACGUUUGGUAACUCGCCGUCGACGGUGCGACACUUUAAGCGUGUCUCGUCGGGCGAGCGCCGCGCUGCACUACGUUCAAACGCUGCAAACGAUCAAGACUCCCGGAACAACCAGUCAUUUCAUCCAAACCCAGAAGCCCGCACUUUCCGACCGUCUCCGCCCAACUCGAGCCACCCGAUGGAUUCGAACAACGAGAAUGAGCCACCCAUUCCCGACAACGCGCACAUGCCCAUCACCAAGGAUGCGCUGUACGGCCGCCGAGCCUACAGCAAGGUCUUGGAUGCAGUGUUCCAAGAAGCCCAUGCAGACACGGCAUCGCCCCGCCAGCGGGAUGCCAUUGGACGCGUUGCUCAGGCAUGGCAGCACCUGGACGAAGUCGACCCCCACGGCGAAUUCAUGCUUCUCAAGGCCAUGGUGGACCGCCUCAAGAAUGACACGAAGCUUGCCUCGGCACUUGGCAUCGAAGUCUCUCCUCUUCACUCGCCCUACAAACACAACACCAAGACCAGCGACACCAGCCUGGGUGGCACUACCGUACACGGAUCGGGAAGCUCUCGAAUCCGUCCAAGCACCUCGAACAACUCCAUCUCCACCACGGCCAGUAAGAGUUCUGAAGACUAUGAUCGCACGCCUUCGACCCCCGUCACACCUUUGAGCAGUGGCUCUCCAACAAAGGCUCACAAAGUUGCCAAACACACGCCGCAGCUCAAGGCACACAAGCGUCGCCAGAGUGCCUUGAUUAGCAAUGAAAAGAGCUUUAGUGCGGAUGGUGUCUGUGGCUUUGAUGAAAAGAAAUUGCCAGGCUACGUCGAGCCUGGUAUGGAGCAACAAGCGUUGCUUGCCGAUAUCCUGUACGGGCAGUGGACCCAAGGUCUGCGUUCCCGUUGGCCUGUUUCCUAGUUGUUGUUGUUGUUUUUCUUUUUUUUCUUUUUUGUACCACGUCCUGACAGGCGUUGAGUCGACAUUACUGCACCCAGCGCGCUGCCCCAGUUGCAUGCUCUAUUCCUCUUUAUGGUUUCAUUUUGAAACAAAAUCCGACUACGAUGAACUCGUUACGACUGAUGAAGCGCUCAUGACUCUGGGGUUGUGGGACUAACGAGGGAAACGGGCACCGGGACGCUUAAUUUAUGGCAUUGGUAUAGGUGUUUUUUCUUGGGGUUUCCGCGACGAUGGCAAUCGAAC